AAUUAGGAAUGGGGAGACAAAAUGGUUUUCCCACGUGCCUCGUCAGUCUUCUGAAUCAUCUUAUAUUUCUAUAUUGAUUUUUGCUUUCAUGCUCGGGAUGAAGUUUCGAUCCGUCUGUAUGGUGGAUAAUUGGAGUUAUUGGUUCAAUCGCGGAUUUAAAUCACGAUUUCCAUCACAUUUGCUGUCGUUAUUCCUAUAACGGGCCGCUAUAUAAAUCCAAACCAUCAAAAGGAAGAGGGGGGGGGGGGGAACGCCAUUGUUGUUUUGGAAGUUCGCAUUAAAGGAAACAAAAAAAGGGGCAAGAAAUCUAUGGGGGAAGAGAAGAAUUUUCAGAAAAAGAAGAUGGCGAAGCAGUUGACAGGCAAAAGGGAUGAUACGCCACUUCACUCAGCUGUGAGAGCAGGGGAUCUGGAACUGGUUUUGGAAAUGAUUAGGGGCGCUGGAGAUGGAGAAUUGAAGGAUAUUUUGUGUAAGCAGAAUCAAUCUGGUGAAACUGCCUUGUAUGUUGCUGCUGAGUGUGGUAAUGUUGAUUUAGUGAAGGAAUUGAUGAAGUGUUAUGAUAUUGUUUUGGCUGGUAUUAAAGCAAGGAAUGGCUAUGAUGCUUUUCAUAUUGCUGCCAAGCAAGGCGAUUUGGAGGUAUUGAAGAUCCUCAUGGAGGCCAAUGUUGAUCUUUCAAUGACUUGUGAUGCUUAUAACACCACAGCUUUGCACACUGCUGCAACACAAGGCCACGCUGAAGUGGUGAGUUUUCUCUUGGAAAAAGCCGGCAGCGUGGUAGCAAUAGCAAGGAGCAACGGGAAGACUGCCUUGCAUUCUGCAGCAAGGAAUGGACAUCUAGAGAUUGUAAAGGCUCUUUUGUCUAAAGAGCCUGGAAUCACGACGAGAAUGGACAAGAAGGGGCUGACGGCUCUGCAUAUGGCAGUUAAAGGGCAUAAUGUUGAAGUGGUAGAUGAGCUGUUAAAUUCUGAUCCUAGUUUAAUAAAUAUGGUUGAUACUAAGGGAAACACUGCUUUGCAUAUAGGGAUUCGAAAGGGUCGGAUUCAGAUUGUUCAAAAGCUUCUGGAUCAAAGUGGCGAUCACAAAUCAGUCAUCAACAAGUCCGGGGAAACGGCUCUUGACAUUGCAGAAAAACACAAACUAUCAGCUAUUGCAGGCAUCUUAAAAGAGCAUGGAGUCCAAUGUGCCAAAUUCAUCAAGACACAACCUACAAAUUCGGCUCGAGAACUAAAACAAACCGUAAGUGAUAUAAAGCAUGGGGUUCAUCAUCAGCUUGAGCACACACGCCAAACAAGAAAACGCAUGCAAGGUAUAGCUAACAGGCUCAACAAAAUCCAAGUCGAAAGCCUCAAUAAUGCAAUCAACUCAACCACAGUGGUGGCUGUCCUUAUUGCCACUAUUGCAUUUGCUGCCAUAUUCAGUGUACCAGGCCAAUAUGCUGACAGUCCUGAAGAUAUUUCACCAGGAGUCUCUCCUGGACAAGCGAGAAUUGCUCCAAAACUGCCAUUUAUGAUUUUUGUUGUCUUUGACGCUAUAUCCCUAUUCAUAUCAUUGGCUGUUGUGGUCGUUCAGACCUCAGUUGUAGUUAUACAGAGAAAAGCAAAGAAGCAGAUGAUGGCUAUUAUUAAUAAGCUCAUGUGGUUGGCUUGCAUACUGAUUUCAGUUGCAUUUCUGGCCCUUUCGUAUAUCGUGGUUGGAGAAGAAGAGAAGUGGUUAGCUAAUCUAGUUACCGGAAUAGGAUCUGUUAUCAUGGUGUCAACAUUGGGGACAUUGUGUUAUUGGGUGAUUGUGAACCGCGUCAAGGCCUCAAAAUUACGGGGCAUCCGCAGGUCUUCAAUGAAUAGCAGAUCUCAAUCCAUGUCAAUGUCAUAUAUGUCUGACACGGAGAUGCUGAACAAUGAACACAAGAAAUUCUAUGCAGUUUGAGCUCUGAUGCGCCUUAUAUCCUCGGCUUCACUCUUCACUCAUAUGUACAUGGAUCUCACUAACUGGAGCAGAAUGUUAGCCUAGUGCUUUUCACUGAAGCAAAACUGCAAGAUUGAGCUUUAUACAGAUAGUAUAACAGCAUAUAUAUAUAUAUAGACAUUCCUUUUUGUAGUUCAACUGAUCAACGAGAUCAAUUAGUCA